GCCGCCUGCACAAAUUGAAUCCUGCCGUUUUCUCUUGUUUAUUACACAGUAUAGUGAAUACCAGCCUCACUGCCGGUACGAGGAAACGAGCAAGCACUGACGGCACCCGUGUAUUCUGAGCACCUGGCAGUCUGUCAACUGCGAACUAGGCCCGGAUGUCCGGAUGGAAUCGCCCAGGCCUCCAGAUGUCUUCACACCGCAUCUGUGCAAGACUAAGCUUCAUAAAUUCCGAGCGGCCUUGUGAAUACGAUCGAUAGCUCACACAAACACAAGCGAAUGAUGACUCGGGACCCCUGCAAGCCCUCUGCCUCUACGCCUCAAACGUCACUCGCUUUGCUUAGCCGAAACCAACUAACUCGCCGCCGGUGCGGCACACGAUCAAUCCUUCUGCACCGCGACUGUAUCGGGACUGUAAUCCUUGGCCGGGUUCGGCUCUCGCCCCCAGUCUCUGGGUGCAACCCCGCACGCCAUCCCAUCUCGGUCACCCACAAGAUGGAUGUGGAUCGUUUAUAUACCAGACACUCGUCUUCCAGCUGCCUUGUGAUGGACUCGCUCUUCCUAAGUCCUCUCUCAUCAUUUCCUACCCUGCUUGGAGAUCGACACAGACGCCUCUCUGUCAGGGAACAUAGUCAAAAUGUCGGACAACGAGAAGCCUACCGCCCAUCAGCAUGGCCAUGUUGACACGCAGCCACGCCCGGCUGAGGAGCACUUGGGCGAUGAGCCGCCUCACCACGGCAUGUCAGCUGGGCAAUACCUCGCUUCCCGGCUCAUCAGUCUGAAGCCGCCCAUGUCCAAGCUUCCGAACCCCCUGAGGCUGAUCACGAUGCUCAACCGCCAGCAAUGGGCAUUCUUCCUGGUCGCCUUCUCCGCUUGGACCUGGGAUGCUUUCGACUUCUUCACCGUCUCGCUUACUGUCAGCGACCUCGCCGAGACAUUUGGCAAGACCAACACCGAGAUAACCUGGGGCAUAACUUUGGUCCUUAUGUUUAGAUCUAUUGGCUCAAUCUUAUUUGGCAUCGCGGCGGACCGUUAUGGUCGCAAGUGGCCUUUUAUCGUGAAUAACAUCUUGUUCAUUAUUCUUGAACUGGGCACCGGUUUCUGCAAUACAUACGACCAGUUCCUCGCUUGUAGGGCUCUGUUUGGCAUAGCCAUGGGGGGUUUGUACGGCAACGCUGCCGCCACCGCACUGGAAGAUCUCCCAGAGGAGACUCGUGGCUUAAUGUCCGGUAUCUUGCAGCAAGGCUACGCUUUCGGCUAUCUUCUCGCCACUGCUUUUGCACGCGGAUUAGUCGAUACCACCCCACAUUCUUGGAGGCCUCUAUACUGGUUUGGCGCAUGCCCCCCGGUCCUCAUCAUCCUGUUCCGCCUGAUGCUGCCCGAAACGAAGGUUCACCAGCAACGGGAAUCUGUGCGGCGUACCGCACAGGCCAGUGGGAGCAGUGUGUCAAAGACCUUCAUCCAGGAGGGCAAGGUCGCUCUCCGCAGACACUGGUUGCUCCUCACGUACCUUGUCCUUCUGAUGGCGGGCUUCAACUUUAUGAGCCACGGCAGCCAGGACUUGUACCCGACGAUGCUGAAGAACCAAUUCCAGUUCGAUGAAAAUCAGGUGACAGUCACUCAGGUUGUAGCCAAUCUUGGAGCAAUGACCGGUGGCACCGUUGUCGGCUUCCUGUCGCAGUCGUUUGGUCGCAGGCUCAGCAUCAUCGUUAUCUGUGUUGUUGGUGGUGCACUCCUAUACCCGUACAGCUUUGUCGAGAACGAGCGAGUUAUUGCAGCGGCGUUUUUCGAGCAGUUCUGCGUGCAAGGCGCUUGGGGUGUCAUUCCCAUCCAUCUAAUGGAGCUUUCCCCGGGCGCGUUCCGGACCUUCGUUGUGGGGACCUCAUACCAGCUGGGAAACCUCGUCAGCUCUGCGAGCUCGACCAUCGAGGCGACAAUCGGCGAGCGGUUCCCCCUGCCGCCAACAGAGAAAGGAGUCAAGCGAUACGGAUACGGAAAGGUCAUCUGCAUUUUCAUGGGCUGUGUGUACGCCUACGUGAUCCUCCUGACGUUCCUCGGCCCCGAGCACCUGCGCCGCAAGUUUGAGGUCGAGCAUGAUGCUGAUGUGCGUGAGAUCGCGGGCGAGGAGACCAUCGAGCAGGCUAUUCACCGCCGCGAGAGAAUGGGCAUGGGCCUCAGCGAUGAGGACUUGGCAGAUGCUGCUGAGGUGAAGCGCAUCGGUGAGGCUGAGAGGAACAGGGAGAAUAGGCCGAAUCAGAUGGUCUGAGCCGCUAUUCGCCGUGGAAGUGCUGAAAAUCUUGGCUACGCUCGUCGGACCUUCAUAUGUAACACUGGCCUGAACCACAGAAUGUAUGCUUAGGUAGCUCAAAGCUAAUGAGAAUAAUUUAGAUUGCG